GUAGGAAAACAAAACCAGGAUAACUAUGCAAUCUUCUUAAAAUUAAACUUGUAUGUAUACUUUUUUCAUUCGAAAUUCGGAUCGAAGAUGACUUCAAAACCUAAAGCAUCUAGUAGAUUAGAAUAUGAAAUAUCUCGUAGUAGAGAUGAAUCAAAUUGGAAAAAAGUUGCCGAUCUUGCUGAGCAAUUAAAUCAGAGAAGUACUGGUUUUGAUGUUCUUGUUAACUUUUUAAUCGGAGAAUGCAAAUUGGAACAAUUUCUUGAAGAGAAUCCGCCUAUAGAGAAUAACAUACAAAAGGCUAAGACUGGUUUAACUGAGGCAAAACGAUACUUACAAACAUGCAUCAGUGAACAAGGAGCGAAACUCAAUGUGAUGCGGGAUGCCCAUUUGCUUCUUGCCAAGCUUCUCUAUUCUCAAGGACUAUAUGAUGAUGCUCUUUCCCAUUUGAACAAAGGUGGGCUCGAUAGCCUCACAGAAAAGCAGCUGAGCAAUCGAAUCAUGAAAGUAGUAGCAGAAUCUUUUGCUAUCAAAGGAUUGUGUUUAGAAAAAAUCCCCCCUUCCACUACUAGCAAGUUUAAGACAGCUGAAAGAGAAGAACAAAUAUUACAGUCUUUGGUAAAAGCUGGAGACCUUGCUUUAAGAUAUCUACAAGAGAUGGAGCGCACUCAAGGUAACACUGGCGGCACUGUCCCACAGUUGAUGUCUGGUGCUAAUCCCCCAUCUUCUGGUUCUCCACUGCCACCAAACACUGAAUACAGAAUUGGCCCCAUUCUUGAAACUGCAUUGCAGAGGGCUCCUAUAUUAUACAUAAAAAAUAAUAAAUUGAGCAAUGCAAUUGAACAAUACCGAAAAGUUCUGAGUUCUGUUGAAACCAGUUCAACACAAUCCUUGCGACAGACAAUGGCACGACAAUUAGCUGAAGUAUUGUUAAGAGGUGUAUCUGAAAAAAAUUAUGUCAAUUUUGGUUUUAAAAGAGAAGGGAAAAACCCAGAGAGUCCUUGGAAACCUAAGAAGUAUAUGGGCCCAAAUCUGUUUGUUCCAAAAGAUGAAAAUGAAGAAAUUUUGCUUCUACUCUUUAUUAGUGAAGCCAUGGCUGUAAGGAAUGCUGUCUUAGACUUAUCGCCAGAAUUCCAAGAGGCUAGAAUUCACUCUUAUAAUAAUGUUACUGCUGUUUAUGAUUUGCUUACAAUAGCAUUAUGUAGAAGAUCCCAAUUUAAUAUUUUAGUAGAUUCAUUUGAACGAGCAAUGAAGUUCUCAUUUGAAAAACAGCAUGUUUGGAUGCAGUUUGCUUUGUCUUUAAUAUCAGCUGGAAAGUAUGCUCGAGCUUAUUUAGUUCUUCAUGAAGUUGCUCGCUUAGUGCCUGAUAACUCCUUGCCAUGCUUGUUGGCUGCCCGGAUUUGUUAUGACCAUCUUGAUCUCCCUGAAAAGGGCUUAAAAAUGGCAGAAAAGGCCCUGGAAAGAGAAAUUGCCCACCCUCAAAACUUACUUGCUCGAUGCCAUGUAGCUGUUGGCUUGGGUCAUGAAAUGAUGUCUGCCAUAGCUCGAACUCAAAAUGAUCGCCAAGAUUUACGAAAAAAAGCUUUUGAAGCUUUUUCAAGAGCUAGUUCUGUUGAUCCUAAUGAUCAUCUUCCAGAGUUCUUCAUGGCUCUACAUUAUGCCCAAGCUAGACAGUUGUCUGAAGCAGUUCUACAUGCUAAAAUGGCCCUGCAUUUGAGACCAGACCAUAUUCACUCAUUGCAUUUGUUGGUUCUUUUGCUGUCUGCACAGAAGCAACAUGCAGAAGCUCUACAGUUGAUUGAAGCAGCCUUAGAAGAGUAUCCAGAUAAUUUUAAUUUACUUUGCACAAAAGUUCAUUUAGAAGAGUAUUGUGUUGGUGUGGAGACUGCUUUACUCACAAGCAAACAGAUGUUGCAGUUAUGGAAAAAUGUGUAUGAGAACAAAUUAAAUGCGGAGACUAUGGGACCUGGCAUGAUGCGUGUUGCAAGUGAGAGCAGAAGUGUUUUCCAGAUUUAUUCUUCUGAGUUUUCUGAUGGAGAUUCAGGUUCCCCAGCUGGCAAUUCAGGCAAUGCAGCAGCUCGUAUGGAACAAGCUUUGUCCGAAGUCGCUUCUUCAAUCAGCGGGUUUCAGCCAAAGCCUGGCCCUCAAUAUGUCUGGUUGUUGCAGCUGCACAUCUGGCUGCUCAUAGUGGAGCUCUAUCUGAGACAGGGUCAGCUGAAGGAAGCUGAGGCAUCUAUCAUGGAAGCCAAUGCUCUUUUCCCUCUCUCUCAUCAACUGAUGGUCAUGAAAGGAAGGGUUCACGAAUGCAGGCAGGAGUAUGAGGAGGCAAAACUUUGUUUCCAGAAUGCAGUUGCAGUUAAUCCAUUCCAUGUGAAAGCACUCCAGCAUUUGAGUAUGGUGCAUCACAAUUUGGGAAAUAGCCGUUUGGCAGAAAAACUGCUCCGAGAUGCCGUUACCAUUGAUCCUAUGUCUCAUCAGUCCUGGUUUAAUAUGGGUAAAGUCCUGCAAGACAUGGGAGAUUAUGAAACAGCAACUGAAUGCAUAGCUACAGCCAUUGAAUUAGAAGCCUCGUGCCCUAUUCUGCCCUUCAGUAACAUACCUCGAACAUUUGAUUAAAAGUCCAUUUUAUUCAUCUUUAGUGUUUUUGAAGUAGAAAGUAUUUAUAAAUAAGGAUGGGCUUUUUAUUUUUUCUCUGUAUUUAAAUGUGAUUACAAAGUAAGCAUGUAUUUGUAUUUUUUAUGCACAGUUUGAGUUUCAAUUAACCUGUGACUUUGAGCUCAAAUAACUUUAAUAAUUUCAGAAGGUACCGUACUACAAAAAAUAUUGAAAUUGAAAAGAGAGUGGAAAGAAACUUUUAUUGAUUAUUUUUUUUAUGAAAAUCUUUUUUAAUUGUCAAAAAAUAAGUCAAUUUUUUUUUCUAUGCUUGAAAAUGAGUAAUUUUUGCAUUUUUUAAUAUAAUAAGGCCUUUUGUCUUUUUCUGGUAACAAUCUGAACAGAAUCUUUCAUAUGAUCGCAAAGAUAGAUUCACAUAAAUUGAUAUUUGGUAUAUAAGAUGACCAAUGCACCAGGAUUGCAAUUUGGGUAUUGAUAGAUGAUAGCUUAUGUUUCACUCUUACUUUUGAAGAUUUGCAUUGAUUUUUCUGUAUUGAAAAUCAUUUCAUUAAAAAUAAUUUAUGUCUACCACAUAUAUAUCAAUUUUUGUCAAAAAUACAAUAUUCUGUUGAAUAUACUAGUUCAAAAGACAUUUUGAAAAAGAGUGGUAUUAAACAAUUUUCUUUUGUGCCCUCUCUCAUUUCAUCUAUUCUUAAUGACAUCUAGUGAGGCUGUGAGAAGUGAAUUUCAGUUAAAAAUUGCAGGUUAAGAUUUGCUAUAUUUUAUUGGUGUGUGUGUAUUGAAAUUUGUUGAUGUACAAAAAAAUGGCCAAAUAUAAUAUUAAUUCAACUGAAUGUUUCUUCAAUUUUUGUGAUAAACAGUAAUGAAAUAAGAUUCUAUCUACGUUUAUAAUUAAUCCUCUUCCUUGUGAAUAACUAAAACCUUGUUUCGUUAAUUGUAGUUCAAAAGUAAAAAUGACUGUAUUGUGUAUGUUAAUUUGUUCGUAAAUUACCUUGACUCAACAUUCUUUUUCAGUGAGCUCGAAUAUCAGAUAGAAAAUGCAUUGUUGCAGUAGAGAAAAAGACCAAUUUAUAUUUAAAGAUUUUUAUUUUUAUAAAUUUUGAAAAUAUAAUAAAUAAUUUUGAAAGGGACAUAAAAAAGUGAUUAUUAUUCUCAAAGUUCAAUAGUUUAUUAAUGAGUCGUAUUUCAGGAAAGAAGGAAAUUUUAUUUAUUCAGAAAUUGUGUUCAAAAUACAAAUAUAGUUUAUUUAUGAUAUUUUUAUCCUCAUAAAUAUAUAAAUCAUCAUUCAUAAAUUUGAUUAACAAUCAUGUAAUAAGAUAUCAUAGGAUUUUCUUUUAUUACCUUAUGUCUUUUAUUGUAGACAGAUGGAUGAAAAUUGCACAAAUCCCUCACCCACUUGCAAAAUUUGAAAAUUUUAUGAAUUUAAAAUAAUUACUAUAGAAUUCUGUGAUUAUGCUUUAUAGUUUACUUUUAUGUAUUUCCUGUUUUGUAGAUUAAUUAUGAAGUAAGCUACAAGAAAGGAAAUAUUAUAUAUCAAUAAAUAUUAUCAGAAAAAUGUAAUUGUGAAAUUUAAAAAUAAUAAUAAUAAUAAUGGCAUCUUGGAAAAUAGACAGUGAUAUUAAUGUCAGCAUUUCUAGUAUUUAGAAAUCUAUCUAAUAAGCGAAAAAAAAGGCAUUAUAAGAUUAAUGAGGUAAUCUUGAUAAAUUUUUUACUAAAUGAUUAAGCAUUUAUAUAAUCUUUUAUGAAUUGUUAUAUUUUAUAUAUAAAUUAGAGUUUUAUUUAAAGAAAAUUUAUUGAAACAUAAAGUAUUGUAUACUUUUUUUUUAGGUUUUAUAAAUGUUUGUUUCAAUUAUUUAUGCAUGUUGUUAUUUUUCUAUUUUGAAAGCAGUUAUGUUAAAUUUUCAAAUGAUAAAAGCUUUGUUUCUUCUCUAUAUUGUUGUAUAGUUAAAGUAUUUACUUGUUUUUGCUCUUUUUUAUAUAAUGAUUUCUUGUGUUUGUGUUUUGUUUAAUUUAUUUUUAUUAUUCCAGUUCACAAUUAUGUAAUGAAUGAAUGAAUGAAUUUAUUUAUGAUGUUAAUGUUAGCUUGCUGUGUACUGCGGUCAGUAUUCUUUCUCUCACUUUUCUUAAAAUUUAGUAGUAUUUAUUUUUUAAUAAUAAUAUUGUCAAAAUCAUAUAUUAAUAAAUUAAAAUUUUGAUAUGUUUUUGAAUAAAUAUGGUGAAAUUAUACAUUUGAUUCAUCAACCAUUUCAUUUGCCGGAAAACAUCAAAGACUUGUAUUCACUUAUUUAUAUGUUUUAGGUUUGCGCAUAUAUACCACAUGAUCUUAUUCCUUAUUCUUGGAAGAAAUGGAGCGCAAUAUGUAUAUAUUAAUAUUGUGUAAAAGUUUUUAUAUUUAAAAAUUUCCAUUUGGUUUUGUCUUUUUUUAAAUUAAAUUUAGUUUAGUUUUCACAUGUAAACAUUUUAAAAUUGUAAAUUAUAUUUAUAGAUUUGAAUUCAAAGUUUAUCCAAACAUUGCUUGAAAAUAAUAUAAUGAUAUUUAUAUAAAUAAUGAACUAUGUAUUUUUGUUAAGAUAAUAAUUUUAUGUUUUUUUUGUUUGUUUGUUUUUUUUUUGUCUUAGUUGAAACUAUCACUUAAAACAUUGUUCCGUCUUUAAUUAUUUUCUUUUCAUUUUUUUAUUAUUAUUAUUUAUGAGAUAUAUGGAAGGCGUGAAAGUUUUCUAAAAAUAUUUAAUUGUACUCUGCAUAAUUUAAGGUCAUUUGAAGAAAGGUAUAAAAAUAUAGUAUGCAGUGAAACUUGGCAAAUACAAACGUUUUUAUUUCAAAUUGGUUGGACAUUUUUGUUCUUAAAAUAUUGUUUAUUUAUUUAUUUAUUUAUUUAUUUUUAUUAAUAAAAAUAAUAAUUUAAAUUCAUUUUAUGGAUUAUUUUUGUUAUGUAUAAAUACAUUAAUAAAUUUUAUCUUCAGUUAUUUUAAGUGAAUAUUUUUUCCAAUUUCAAUAAUUUACUUGACAUCUCUCUUUGGUACAAUGCAUCGAUAAAUAAGGUAGUAAAAAAAAUUUCUCAUCUAAAGAAACUUAUUGAAUAUCUUAAAUAUAGAUUGUACUUUUUAUUUGUAGUUUUAUUGUAUAAUUGUUGCAUUCAAAAUAUAUGUAUUAACUUAAACUUUAUUACAUAAUUAUUAUGAAUUUUCUUUUUUAAAUUAGUCUUAGUUUAUUUACUGAAAUUACUUAUUGUUUAUUUAUUCAUUAUCUAUUAUUUAUCAAAACUAUUAAUAUCUCAGAAAUAAUUUUUUCCAUUCAUUUUUAGAUUACGUAUCAUAGUUUUUUUUCUUACUGUACUUAUUUUGGACUAGUUUUCGUCAUUCGAACUUUUAGAUAUUAAAAUUUGUAUUAUUCAGUUUCGAUUUAGCCAAGUCUCACUGCAUUUAAAAAAAAAUGAUGAUGAAACAUUCCAUCUAUUUUUAUCUGAAUGAGUGUUUGGUUUUGACUGCAACCUUGGAAUUUCCAUCAGAUGUAGGUGUCAUUUAGCGUUAUGGCAUUAUGAUAGUAUGACGACAUUGUUUUACUUAAUUAUCCGAGCUUAUAUUUCGUCUUUGCAAUAAAAUGUGACCGAUUACUUUUCUGUUAUGUCUUGUAGAGAUUUAAAUGUAUAUAUAGUGAUAUCGUUGUUCAAUAAAUAAUCUAUUUUACUGUUA